AUUUUCAGCUGAAAAAUGACCACGGUCCGCCAGAGAAUCGAUACACAACAUCGUGACGCAAUUCACGACGCUCAGCUCAACAUCUACGGAAGCCGACUCGCCACGUGUGGAUCUGACCGUCUUGUGAAGAUUUUUGAGGUUCGCCCAAAUGGCCAGUCAUAUCCGAUGGCGGAGCUUGUCGGACACAGUGGUCCCGUUUGGAAAGUCUCAUGGGCUCAUCCGAAAUAUGGAGGACUUCUUGCCUCCGCUUCCUAUGAUAAAAAAGUGAUAAUCUGGAACGAACAACAAGGCCGCUGGCAAAAAGCCUACGAAUGGGCCGCUCAUGAGGCCAGUACGACUUGUGUGGCCUUUGCACCACACCAAUAUGGCCUAAUGUUGGCUUCUGCCUCUGCUGACGGUGAUAUCGGUAUUCUUCGAUACGACAAUUCGAGCAACGAAUGGAUUUCGUCGAAAAUUCAGAAAUGUCAUGAACAAGGAGUUAAUUCAGUGUGUUGGGCACCUGGAAGUGCUGAUCCGGCGGCAAAAAAACGUCUUGUUUCAGCUGGAAAUGAUAAAAAUGUCAAGAUUUGGGCUUUUGACGACGCUACAAACGAAUGGAUUCUCGAGAAAACCCUAGCCGGACACACAGAUUUUGUACGUGAAGCCGCAUGGUGCCCGGUAACAAAUAAUGGACAACAUACAAUUGUUAGCUGUGGAAUGGAGGGAAAUUUGGUACUUUUCCGUACUUCAAAUAUUGAAACUGAAGAGUGGAAGGCGAAAUUAUUGGAGACGGCUCCGUGUGCAUUGUACCAUUCAUCAUUUUCUCCGUGUGGAUCAUUCCUUUCAGUUGCUGGCGAUGAUAAUGUGAUCACAAUUUGGCGCGAAAAUCUUCAGGGACAAUGGAUCAAAGUGCCACGUGACAAUAAGGAACGCGAGGGAAUGAGCCAAGCGGUCGGAGCUCCGGGAGCUCAGAGAUAAAUAAAUUAUUUAUUUUUUUUCGCUGUUUCUACACCCAUAAUUCCUCUUAAAACUUGUAUAUGUACCUGUUAUUAUUGAUUUUUUUCCUCAUUUACUUCUCCGAAUCCAGAUAUUUUAUGAUUUUCCUUCUUUUUCUCUCUCAAAAAACUAAUGCGAAACCGGGAUGAAGUUUUAUUUAUUUAUUG